CUCUCUUCUCUCUUUUUCUCACACGCCAUCGAGACUUUUCUUUUCUUCGCCUUAACAGAAUAACCAUCUCUCACUUUCUCUCCAAGUUAACCUUCUAUCCAGCAAUGAGUAUCGACUAUUCUUCUAUCGUGAGGGAAUCUGUGAACAAAGUGGAGAGCAGCAUCGCACGAAAACUUAUAUCUGUUUUCGAAAGUCGUGUUCAGGAACAUGGGUCUUCAUCAUCACUCAGCCAAUUGUUUGAUACUGCUCGAGAUUCAGCAUCGAGCGAUCAUGAUCGAGAAGUGAUUUCUUGGCUCGAAUCAAUGAUCAAGAGUCGUGAAAGUAGAGAUGGACCCUCGACUCCACCAAUUUCACCUGGACAAAAAGAUGAUGAUGACGAUGAUAAUAAUAGGGUGAAGAGAAUCACUCGUAGUACUCAUAUUCGUAUUGAGCACCACCAUCAUGACAGUCGUGAUGAUCAAGAUUCUGAAGAUGACGAUGAUGAUCCAGAAAAACCGAAGAGUAGAGUCUUUGUCAGUCCAGUGUUUUUUCCAUCUGAGGAAAAUUUUGUCAACUUGAUCCGGACAUUGGACAAUGCGAAGAAGUCUUUGGACAUCUGUGUCUUUACUAUCACAGACGACCAGAUCACUGCAGCAGUCGCGCGGGCGCACGAACGAGGAGUCAGUGUCCGUAUUAUCACAGACGAUGAUAAGUCUGACGACCAAGGCUCGGAUGUGAAGCGAUUGGCAAGAGAGUACAAUAUCCCAGCACGUGUCGAUGGCAGUGUAUCGCAUAUGCACCAUAAGUUUGCGGUGAUUGACGAUGCGUUAGUGAUCAGUGGGUCGUAUAACUGGACUAAAGGAGCUCGCUUCCAUAACCGUGAGGACUUGACUCUCACCAACUCUGGCAAAGCUGUACGGGCCUUCAAGGCGCAGUUUGAAAAGCUGUGGGAUGAGUUCAGUGAAUAUGAAGUAUGUUCAUAGAAAUUGUCCAGCAAACUAAGCAAAGUUUUGACUUCAUCCUGGGACCCUUAAGGUCCGCCGUUCCUUUUUACUUUUAGCAGUCAAACAUUUUACUUGAACGCACGUUUUAAUAAAAAAA